GGAAUAGAAUGGGCGACAACGCUCUUCCCAAUCGCUCCUUCAAGGAGCAGCGCUUCUGGGACGAAUUCUUGGUGGCGCGCGACGGCCUCCCCUUCGAAUGGUACGCGCAAUGGUCGGAUUUGUUCCCGCUGCUGGAGCGCCAUUGCGGCCUCAAUCCGCAGCUCAGCCCUCUCCCGGCCGUCUUGAUUCCCGGCUGUGGCAAUUCGGAGCUCUCGUCGGCCAUGUAUGAUCACGGCUUCACGAAUAUCACCAACAUCGAUUUCUCGCGGAGUGUGAUCAUGGAGAUGAUGCGCAGAAACAUCAGGGACAGGCCGAUGAUGUUCUGGAAGGUCAUGGACAUGACGGAAAUGCAGUUCUCGAAUGAUUCGUUCGACUACAUUCUUGACAAAGGAGCACUGGAUGCUGUGCUUGGACAGGCGGAUGAAGAUCACGCGUCCGGGAAACGUUUUCUCUCAGAGGUCAAAAGAGUGUUAAGGCCUUUGGGAAAGUAUGCUUGCAUCACCUUAGCCGAAAGUCACGUAAUCGGAUUGCUAUUGUCAACGUUUCGACAUGGUUGGCAAGUAGCUGUCUACCAAGUGCCGAUUGCUCAGGCUUCGUCCAAGCUGAAGCCGCUGUUAUUUGCUGCCACGAAAGAGACGACGAGCAAUCUGUCCUUGAUCUCUUAUAAUCUUUCGUCCGAUCUCCAUGCGCAAAAUAUCGCAGCGAUAGAGAAGGAAAAUGCGUUGAGAAGAAGAGGACCAGAGUUUCGUGACUUUGAAAAGCUCCAACCCUCUCGGAGAUCUGUUCUAACUCUCGGGGGAACAUUCAAAGCAAUAGUUCUGGACGCCAAGAUUGGACAGGCCGUCACGCCUGAUGCGUGCGCUGUGUUUUUGGUGCCAAAGGCCAAGGCUCACGAGUGGCUCUAUUCAUCCGAGGAAGGACAAUGGCAAGUGGUCGAAAGUGCCAAGGCCGCUCGGCUUAUCAUGGUUUACCUCGAAACUGACUGUCAGACCGCUACUGAACUUCAGAACCUCCUGUCCCCGCUAGUGAGAGAGCUUGUACCAUUAGAUUGUGACUCAGGAGUACCUUUCCUGCUGCCACACGAUGGAGUUUGUAAAGGGACUCUGCUGGAGGAGAUCGAUUCUCCAUUAACGGGUACCAUGCUUGUAGAGGAUGUUGUAUCAUCCGACAAAAAAAAGGCCUUCUUUCGACGCCUGUUCUUUAAACGUAAUCCCAACCUCAUCCAGUCGGAGGCUUUACUAACGCCAACGAAUGGAUUUCGACGCGUGGGUAGUAAAAAGAAAAACAAACAUGGCAAAGAAACUGCAGCGCAGAGAAGACAAAACACCACGGAUGAGAUGAAGGUAGAUCACAGUUACUUGGCCAGUCCGUAUCACGAAGGGAUGGUGGCAGGCCUAUCUUUGAUCGCUACUAAGAUUGAGUCAUGCGUAUCUUCCAAAGAACAGAUUCGUGUGAUGAUCGUUGGGCUUGGUGCUGGAUUGCUCCCAAUGUUUCUGUACAAGCAUUUUCCCUUCAACAGCAUUGAGGUAGUGGAGCUGGAUCCGGUUGUUGCUGAUUUGGCAAAGCGUCACUUUGGAUUUGUGGAAGACGAUCGCAUGCAGCUGAGACUUGGAGAUGGAUUAGCCGCUGUCGAUGCUAUAGCAAAACAAGAGAUGGAAGAACAAGCUAACAGCGAGAACACUAGACAUAAAUUGCACAUACUACUCAUUGACGCUGAUUCCUCCGAUCCAAGUAAUGGGCUAAGCUGCCCUCCAGAGGAAUUCCUUCUCGAAACAUUCCUCCGCAGUGCGAAAGCUGCUCUGGAACCCGAAGGAAUCCUCGUCAUAAACGUUGUUUCGCGGGCUCGUGAGCCUCACAUACAAGCAGACCAGAGAAUGUGUAAAAUUUUUAGCGAAGUCUACAGCCUGCAAGUCGACGAAGACGUGAACCGGGUGGUGUUUGGAUUGCCACAGCCGAGUAACCUGAGAGACUCCACCGCGAUUUUUAACGCUGGAGUGCUGCUAAAGAAGGUCGCGGGCCAGUUUGCUUCGUGGGACAAAGGCCCCAACGUCAAGGACGUACUAAAGAAGAUCAAGCGGAUCAAGUGACUGUGAGAAGAAAAAGGUCUGGUUUUAUUUUCUUUCCAUCUUUUCUCAUUCUCUCUGGGGGUUUUUGCGCGAGUUUUCUCUAGAGAAACGCACUGUACAGAUGUACCAUCGCUAUACUUUUUUUGCAGACAAAGAGUCCUAAACGAUGAUCCUUGGUGUGUCAUCGAAAUCAAAGGAAAGAUGGUUUUUUGUUC